AUGCAGAAUCGCGGAAGUAGUGUUCCUCGCUUCCGGAUGAAACGAACGUUAAUUUUGGGACUUGGUCAUGUAUUAUUUCUCAACUUUUCGAUGAACAAGUCAGGAAACCUACGAAAUGUAUGUUGGUUUAAUUCACAAGAGUUGUAGAAACAAGGUGAUCGCCUUCCAAGCCUCGCAACCGAAUUGGAUAUAGGUAAGUCUUACUCUUCAAUUGCCUAUUUUGGAAAAUGAAGGUAAAAUUAAAAGGAAUAGUGAGUGUAGUGUGUUGA